AUGUCCGGUGAGGUUGUUCAUAUCACAGUGCUGACCGCGAGACACACUAAUGUAGCCGGUUCAUCUAGAGGUUUCGAGUAUCAAUGUUACCCCAGUGAACCAGAUAGAGACGCUUAUAUAUCAUUAGGUCGAUCAGCACCCAUAACAACAAACAGAUCACCGCCAGAAGAGGAGCAGCACUCAGAUGGAUUCCCAUUCGUCAGAGUGGUGAGAUUCCCUACAAGCGAUGGAUGGGAUAGAGAUGGUUUCGGUCCUUUCUACUGUGAGGCUUCCAAAUCUGGUCGAGAUGUUACAAGGGUUACUACAUUUUUCCAACGAAUUGAUGCUAAAUUCAUAUCAAGUGAUGGAUUGUUUACAAAGGCAGUCAAUGUGAAUGACACUGGAGUGAUGAUCAGCAUGACUAGGCGUCAUGAUCCUGAGGCAAGUGGCAAUGUGAUUACUUGGAGGAAAGAUGGAAGUGAGGUUCUUACAUCAUUUGAUGGGCAGACUCAGCUCAGCUUCCCAAACCCAAUCCAGACAUCAGACCAAGGAAUCUAUGAGAUCUACUAUGAUAACGAAAGGGAUCAAAGUAGAGGAGGAUUGUACAGACUAAUCGUCAGAGAAUGCCCUGCUGGUAAGUGGGGUCCCCCUGACUGUUAUGGUAUCUGUGAUAAAUGCUACAAUGGUGGAGUCUGUGAUGACAAGUCUGGUCUAUGUAUCUGUCCUAAUAACUUCAAGGGACCGAAUUGUUUAGAAAUUUGUAGAAUCGGUGGUGGAAAUCGAUAUGGAUUGAACUGCGAGUUUCAAUGUUCAUAUAGCAGUGAUGAAAACAACAAAUGUCAUGGGAAUCUUUUUUGCUUACCUAAUCCGUACGGAUGUUCAUGUGAUGUCGGAGCCCAUGGUAAUUCAUGCAACACACUAUGUACUAGUGGUACAUAUGGUCCAGGAUGUUCACAGACAUGUAACUGUGCCGUAGGUUCAUCAUGUAAUAUCUAUAGUGGAAUAUGUACAGGUGGAUGUCAGACUGGCUGGUCUGGGGACAACUGUCAAAUUCCAGAUGAAUGUGAAGCCGGUUACUAUGAAUCACAAUGCACUGAUAAAUGUCAUUGCUUGAAUGAUGGACCAUGUGAUAAACAGACUGGAGAGUGCCCUGAGCAGAAGUGUGCUCUAGGAUACAAAGUACGCAGUGGCCAGGUCAAAUGUCAAGAGUGUGAAGGUGGUACCUUUGGUUUGGAUUGUCUUCAGCAAUGUUAUUGUGCUCCAGAAGCUUGCGAGACGGAGAGGGGCCUUUGCAAGGGACAAUGCCUUGAAAGCUGGAUUGGACCGUACUGUCAAAGAAUAUCAAGAUUGGUUCUAAUGAGAGUAAACCCAUACCAACCAUCUACUUUCACAUGUUAUGUUGAGGGUAUCCCACUUCCCGAUGCAUCCUCAGUUGAUCUUUACAGACAGACUGGAAGCACCAAUAACAGGACAGGAAUCACCAGGAGAUCAAGCACUGUCUCAGGGUCAGAACGAGCUGUUGUCUUUGAUGUUGAUAGUGUGUAUCCGCAUGAAUAUGGGGGAUACGUUUGCAUUCUAUCUGUUGAAAACACCGGCUAUCCCAGUACGCCCUCUACUGGCGCAACUUAUGUUCUGCCAGUAAUUGAGAAAGGACCGGUGAUAGUGAGCACCACGUCAACUACAGUAGGUCUUCGAUGGAAUGCAUGGUCUGAAGAAGAUGACAUAGGUGAUCCUCCUCUGGUAGGAUAUGAUGUCUUUGUAAAGAAGGAUGGUGACUGGGUAACGGAUCAGAGAGUAGACCAUCUCACAACAUCAGCCUUUGUUAUUAACCUGACACCCGACACAGAUUACAGGUUUCGUUUAGCAGCAGUGAGGGAAGGAACAGGUGGAGCCGGACUUGCUUCUCCUUGGAACAACACAAUAACUCGCUGUAGAAAACCCAGUGCUUCUCCAACUAGACUACAAGUUUCAGCCAUUAACCCUAAAGAGCUAGAGUUGACAUGGGAGCACCUCCCCUCGGAAUCAGCAGAAUGCAGGAGUGGAGUAAGUCAUUAUACGAUCUACUAUGCUGCCACUGGAUCAACUUCUUCAAACUCUAUCCUGGUUUCUCGUGACACUAGCUCCUACACAAUAAAAGGGUUAUACACCUAUCUGGACUAUGCCAUUCAAUUGACUGCAUCAAAUAAAGACGAGGAGGGUGAUAGGAUCAGUGAGACUAUCGGCAAAACAAUUGAAGAAGUCGCGCCUGCUCCUAUCAAUGUGGCUUUACCGCAGAGUACUACAAGCUCCUUCACUGUAUCCUGGUCUACCCCUGUACCGUAUAACAUCAAUGGUAACAUCCAGAAGUAUAUCAUUCGCUACAAGCAAACUGAUCCCGUUGUUGAUGGUAAAUACAAGUUAGAGGAAGUAUUAACUGAUGCAUUUGAUGGAGAACAUACUAUAAUGGACCUGCCCCCUGAGAACAACUACACAGUUCAGGUCCGAACUGUCAAUGGAGCUGGUUCUAGUAAUUGGUCUGAGCCCGUGAAUGCGAAAACCAUCCUCUCAGGUGAUGAUAAUGGUAUCAGAAUACCACUAGGAGUUGUUAUAGGGAGUGUGAUAGCACUCCUCGUUAUCAUCGUAAUACUAAUAUGUAUUGUGGUGAUGUAUAGAAGGUUUAAACAAAGACGUUUAAAUGCUGAGCCAGCCGCAUCGCCUCCAAAUACUGCACAUGGGACCUCCUCGAAGUAUGGGAACCCUGCAUUUGACUACUCAGACACCAAUGAUAUCUUCCAAGAUCUUACUAUAGACACACGGAACAACCAGAAUCGCAUCGAACCAGCCACAUCGCCACCAAAUACUGCACAUGGGACCUCCUCGAAGUAUGGGAACCCUGCAUUUGACUACUCAGACACCAAUGAUAUCUUCCAAGAUCUUACUAUAGACACACGGAACAACCAGAAUCGCAUCGAACCAGCCACAUCGCCACCAAAUACUGCACAUGGGACCUCCUCGAAGUAUGGGAACCCUGCAUUUGACUACUCAGACACCAAUGAUAUCUUCCAAGAUCUUACUAUAAACACACGGAACAACCAUAAUCGCACCGACCCCCAUAGCUAUCAAGAUGCCCCAAAAUCAGACCAGCGAGACAUUUACGAAGUAAUAUAGAUGCAACCCAGGCGUGGCAGAGGGGUAUCGUGCCAUCACUAAUACAUGUUGUAUCAACCAUAAUGCACGUCGGUCACCCUUGUGCAUAAGUAAAUACAUGUAAAAAUCUUCAACUCUCAGCCAGUAGCUCGUUUGCCAAAGGCACCAAUUGACGGAAGGAUUGCUUUUUGCAGGACCAUGGCUCUGUAAAAUUACAUAUUUCUGGUCUUUAUUAGCUCUAUGACAACCUUUUUAACACUGGUACAGAUUAAAGUUUAACUGGAAAGUGGGUCCUUGGUAAUACACUACCUUUCCAUAUCAUUCUCGGCGUGAUAUGUCCUUGAAAAUGUAGUAAAAUACUGAUGUGUUUCUCGCUCUCUGUAUACUCUGUAUUGAAUGAAGUAAAUCAAUUUAGGUAUGGGCUCUUAAAAUUGGCUGAAUCGGUAAUUCCCAGUUUUGUAGUGGCGGACAACUUUUAUAUUUGUUCAAACACAAACAAAAAUGAUUAAAUUUAACAGUUUUCAGAAAGAAAUUGACUUAGGAAGCCUAUCCUCUUUAGAAGACAUAUUGCCAACCAUGAUAUAUUUUUAGUAGUGCCCCAAGGGGGAAUGCACUAAGGAGAAAAAACAGAAAUUAAUUAUCUAUUUAUUUUAUUUACUUAUUUAUUAUUUAUUCGGCAGUAUACACAAAAUAUAACAAUGUAAAUAUGAGUAAACAAACAUUAAUAUAAUGUCAAUUAUAAAUGCACAAUCUUCCCGGAGGUCCUCUGGGGGCAUCAGUUGGCGGCCGGGAAAGAGGUAAGCAAACUUAAUCACUGUAACCGUAAUGGUCCCUCUUCCCGACCAACUGGUGCACCCAGAAGACCUGCAAAAUAUAACCUGAAGGUAAAUAAAAUGUAUAACAUUUCAUAAACAAACCAGCUAACAAAAACAAAGCACAAGGAGGAAAUCAAAUUAAUAUAUAUGAUGACACUAGGUCAUGACACGAUACUGAACUUAUGUUAUAAUUGACAUGAGGACUUAAUUCUGGCUUAAAAAGUAUUGCAUAAAAUGUCAAGUUGGUAAACUGAAACCAUGGAGUAUAAAACUUGGAAAAGAACAAAAUAUGAGAACAUGUAGUAGCGCACUGACAAGAAUGUCUAAAAUCAUACAGGUUGACUGGUAUAUAGAAAUUAAGACAACAAAAAGGAAGUGAAUAAAUACAUAGGUUUAGUUCGCUUCAGGCGAGUAAGGAAACUAGGAGAACGAAUACAUUACAGAACCAGUACUUCGUAUUUGAUAUUAUAUUAUACAAACAAUUUGUAAAGAAGCUGCGUUGGAAAUGUCCAGACGAUGUUUAGAUAAUGGAAGGAAAAAGAAAGAAAAAAUACUCUAAAGACAUAACAAUGAAAAAAUCAAAAUUACAGUUUCGUCUCAAGAAUGUUAUAGAGAAGUAGACGAAUGAAUGAUUACAAAACAUACCGUAAUUAUUACAUUAACCUCUCGUAAAUUAAAUUAAACAACGACUUCAAAAGAAAAAGUAAAUCAAAGAAGUUAUGACUGUGUUGCCAGGUCUGAAAUUAAGAGAGUACAAAGUCAACGCGCAAGUCCCGAGGUAGUUCGUCCCACAGUUUAGGAAAUAUGUACAUAGCGGAAUCACUUAAACGUUUCGUACGAGCCAUCAGCUGAUGGAACCUGAUAUCUCCUUGUCUCCUUUCUAUUACUCUG